CUCAUGACUUGUUGGCGCCCUUCCUGUGCAAAACCCUCGCCAAUUUGCCGCCACAUAUCAUGAAAAUACCGUCUUUCCCUCCUUAACCGGCAAAACCCUUAAACCCCUCCAAUCCCUCUUCCAUUUUUCUUGUUAUACCUGAAAUGAGCUCUAUUUCGAAGAUGAAGUAUAUUUUAAGCCCAAAGUUCUCGGCUUUUUCUCCUCAUCUUCCCAAGCCCCAAACCAUAUCUCUUGCUUCUAAUGCAUGGCCUUUUGAAUCUUUCGUCCGGCAUAACCCCUCUUGCAUUUCCAGUCAUCUCCACCUGAAGUCAACGCCCCUUUUAUCCAAUAGCUUCGUUUGCUCGAGCCAGAGUCGGAACUUGCAAAUGGAGGCGUCUCGGCCACCGUCGGGUGAGAUUCAUGUGAUUGUUGGCCCGAUGUUCGCCGGCAAAACUACCACUCUUCUUCGUCGUAUGCAAUCAGAGACCACUAGCGGCAGAAAUGUGGCAAUAAUUAAAUCUAGCAAGGAUACAAGAUAUGGAUUAGAUUCAAUUGUUACGCAUGAUGGGGUCAAAUUGAGGUGUUGGGCGCUAACAAAAUUAUCAUCUUUCCGGCAGAAAUUUGGCCUUGAUGCUUAUGACCAGCUCGAUGUGAUUGGUAUCGAUGAAGCUCAAUUCUUUGAAGACCUAUAUGACUUCUGUCGUGAAGCUGCUGAUCAUGAUGGUAAAACAGUCAUAGUGGCUGGUUUAGAUGGCACCUAUUUAAGGAGAAGCUUUGGUUCCGUCCUUGACAUAAUCCCACUUGCUGAUUCUGUAACAAAAUUAACCGCUCGAUGUGAAAUAUGUGGGAAGCGUGCAUUCUUUACUCUGAGAAAGAUAGAGGAAACGGAGGUCGAGUUAAUAGGUGGAUCUGAGGUCUACAUGCCAGUUUGCCGGCAGCACUAUGUCAGUGGACAGGUAGCUAUGGAAACAGCAAGAUAUGUCUUGGAUUCUCAGAAAGUUGAAUGUAGCUCUCACACAUAAAAUGGUCCCCUUCCCUGCGUAGUGCUUUUUGUUUAAACAUCGCUGCUCCCCUUAUACAUACCAUGUCUUGCUGAUUUGUCAAGUGUGAGCAGGAUAAGCUGUAACGUUGCAUGUAUAGUGUUAGUCUGAAUGGAAUCGAAACUGUUGGGAAUUGAGUGGAAUUUCCAUUGGUAUUGUGUAAUGGGCAUGUUAACUCACAUCAGAUUGUAUGGUACUGUCAGUUGCUCAAUAUUAAUGCCUAUGCAUUACACCUCUUUCUCAGUUA